AUGCCCCAAUCCCCAUUUAUCCGCUCUCCCACCUUCCAUGUCCCCUCCCCCCCCGCGGCCGCAGACCCGUCGCGCGAGACGCACUACGUGCUGGUGGUGCACGGCACGUUCGACUCGCCGCCCGGCCCGGGGAACCCGCCACCGUGGUACUUCCUGGACGCGAAGCGCGCCGAUAACUUCUGCCACCUCAUCGCCAAGGACCUCAAGGCCACGCCGCUCGGCUUCGACGCCGUGUGGCGCCAACUGCCGGGUGCGCCGGGGGGUGGGGUGGUUGUGGGGGACGAGGAGGGGCGGGGGCAACGGGAGGGAGGUGCAGACUCGCACGCGGGCUUGCGGUUGCGCGAGGACGUGCCGUACCCGUUCCACUGGUCGGGGCACAACACGCACGAGGCGCGCGUCGAUGGUGAGCGCACCGAGGGGGAGGAUGGGAGCGCUUUUUGGAGGGGAAUGGGGAGUGAGGGCACCCGGGGGAUGGGGAGUAGGGGUUUGAGCGUGCCCGGGGUACGGUGUGCAGCAGGGGGCGCGGAUGACGGGCACGGCGCGGCCCCAAGCGGCACGGCCAUGCUUGAUCCGGGCAAGGCUUUGGCGCAGCUGAUCCACGCUGUGGGGCGCGCGGACCCGUCGGCGCGCGUGCACGUGGUGGCGCAUAGCCACGGGGGGAACGUGGCGCUGAAGGCGGUGUCCAAGUACCUCUCCAUGCUCCGCCGCGACUCCCGCGACCCUGCGCGCGCCUCCCACGACCAGAUCACCGCCGCCUUCUGGGAGGCGCACGCGGAGGGGUACCGGAGCAUAAAGGAGCACCAGCAGGUGAAAGUGAGCGCCGUGUGGAUGCUGGCCUUCGCGCCCUUCCUUGUGGUGAAGCGGCCAUGGCGGGGCGACGAGGCGCUGGGCGCCUUCCCCUACGCCUACUUCCAACGCGUUGACUCCCUGCUCGGCCUCCCCAAGGUGCGGCAGGCCAAGUACCUGCGGAAGAAGUGGGCGGGGAGCAGCAGCAGCAACUGUCUGGGGCGAGUGGUGUUCCUGGGUACGCCCUUCUACACCAAGCACUGGGACCCGCAAGCCGCUCUCACCAUGGCACGCACCAUCCUGGGGCUCUCCGUGCUGGUGUUUGUGGUCAUCGUGGGCGCGGUCGUGUCGGUCAAGUAUGCCAUCUUCCAUGAGGUCAACACCGCUGAACUCACUGGAGGAGAGCUGACUUUUUGGGUGACAGUGGCGCUGGUGUCGGUGGCAGUGGUGGUGUACAACACGUUGAGCAGCAAGCGCUACAGCGACGGCAACGUGUAUUUCACGGAGAAGAAGGCGUGGAGCCCCGCCAUGAGCGCCCUCGUGCUCAACGCCGGGAAGCUUGAUGAGGCCGCCCUCGCGCUCUCCACGGAGCCCCUCGUGCGCGCCUACCUCAUGCCACAAGUCAAGACCAUGCUGACGCCCGACCCAUGGCGCAUGCUGCGGCCGUUCCCCGCCAAGACAUGGCUGGUGUCGCUGGCGAAUCUGUACAACAACUGCUGGGUGGCGCUGUGGACGCUCGUGCUGGUGGUGCCGUACAUCAUCCUGUGGCUGCUCAACUUCUUCCUCGUCCCUUACUUCUGCAACCAGCUGCUGCGCCUCUUCAUCACCCUCGGCUUCGGCCUGCAGAAGAACGAGUUGGACUGUGCGCAGGUGUACGUGGAGGAGUGGCUGCGCCUGCCACCAGCGACGCACAGCAUAGCGCAUUGGAAUGUGCAGAAGAUCCUCACAGCCGCCACGCUCGACCAGCUCAAAGACCUCCGCAAGCGAUCGGUGAUCCCGGGGGAGGCAGCGGCAACGGAGGAGGCGCUGAUGGAGGCGCACACGCAGCUCGUGGACCCCCAUGCCAUCGCCCAGCGCUGGCGCUUCCUCUGGGACGACCCGGAGUUGGAGAGGAAGGCGGAGGAUUCGACGACACUGGCGCUGCUCAAGAACCAAGUCGAUAAGAUGGCACACAACCCCCGCAUCUCCAGAGUGGCGUUUGAGCGGGAGUUGAAGGUGGUGUGUGUGACCCUAGAGGAGCGGUACAAGGACAUGACGGGCAACGUGGAGCUCUCACACGGCAGCUACUUCCGCAACCACGUCGUCAUCGCUGUCAUCGCUCACUUCCUCGCACACGGAGAGGUGCCCAGCUGGGCGCCGCAGCUGGGUGAGAUGACCCCGCCCGCUCAGAAGCCCGCUAAGAAGGGCCCCAUGUCGCGCCUCUUCAGCCGCCGCAUCACGCCCACCUCUGACGAGCUCGACACCACCCCCUCGCAAUAA